GAAGAGGGCUCCAUCCGAAAGUGACGCUGAGGCGGCGAAGGUUCGGUGAGCGCUUCGGUCCGUGAGUGCGAGCGAGCCGCGGCAGCACUCCGGACGCUCUACCCAUCUCUCAGCGGUGAAUGGCGGCGGGAUGGAGCACGAGGGGAGCGGCGGCAGCGGGGGGUCGGCCGGGCUCCUACAGCAGAUCCUCAGCCUGAAGCUCGUCCCGCGGGUGGGCAACGGGACCCUGUGCCCCAACUCCACUUCUCUCUGCUCCUUCCCAGAGAUGUGGUAUGGUGUGUUCCUGUGGGCACUGGUGUCCUCUCUCUUCUUCCAUGUCCCUGCUGGAUUACUGGCCCUCUUCACCCUCAGACAUCACAAAUAUGGUAGGUUCAUGUCUGUAAGCAUCCUGUUGAUGGGCAUCGUGGGACCAAUUACUGCUGGAAUCUUGACAAGUGCUGCAAUUGCUGGAGUAUACCGAGCAGCAGGAAAGGAAAUGAUCCCAUUUGAAGCCCUCACCUUGGGCACUGGACAGACAUUUUGUGUAGUGGUGGUCUCCUUCUUACGGAUUUUAGCUACUCUAUAGCGUACACCUGUAGGCCAUGAUGUUGAACCUAAGUUUGAUAGGCUCCUCACAAAAAGAAUACAUUAUGGAAUGUAGUGUGUUCUUACUUCUUCAAGUGGAAGAAACUUGGAUGAAGCAGUUUGUGAAAAAUGACAUCUCAGCCCUUCAGUUUGAAGCUCUAGGAACUGAAGAUCUUUCUGGACUCCUAUUGUUCUCAACCAAAACAAAUCAAGUUUCUUAGCACUUUUUUUUUUUUUUUUUUGGAUUUAAUUUAAGCAGUUUUACAAGUGCACCUUUACCCACGCUAGGUCAACAGCCCUUCUGGGUUGACGUCCUUCACCCCGAAAUCUACAGUAUUCUGUGAGAAAAUGCAAUGUUGCGUAUUUCAGAGAAACCACGAAAAAUACUGUUUUUUUUCUGAGCAGAGUAUGCUGUACUAAAAUCUUAUCUAAUCUAAUCUUGAUUAAAAUUUGGCAGACUCUUCUUUCACUGCAUCUUCAUGACAGUAAGUGCCAACUAGGUUUUGGUUGAGUAGAGCUUUGAGAACAAAUUUGUGGAAAUGUAACAGGAAAAAAAUCCUACAACACAAGUAGUGCCUUCAGUUCCACUGUUGAAAGAAAAAGAAGAUGAUGUGACAUUUUCUGGAUAACUAUCUUGACCUCUGAUUACUUAAUAAUAUUUUAAGAGAUGUGAAUUUGUUGUUUUGUACAUUAUAUCAAAAUAAGCUAGCUAAUUGAGGCUUUUUUCCCUCUAGAAUUCCUACAUCCCUUUCCCAUCACUUUCAUUCUAUUGAUUUUGUUUACUUUAAUUGGAAACAUACCCUAUUAAAUAGCUUGAGUUCAAAAUUUUAAGCCAGAUUGGUUAGGAUGCUCUUUGGACAUUGAGGUACCAAAAAAAAUUUUUUUUAGCAUUGUCAUAGUUUUUCUUGGUGACUUUGGUUGAAAUUGUAGAAAUGCAGCUUAAACUAGAGUUGGUGGUUAUUCAUUUCUUAGUCUUAAUAUGGUCACCACUGUUAACAGUAUUGGGUGUCACUCCCAGAAAGUGCCUAAAGUUUAAUUUUCA